UGUAUAUAUGCAACUCAUGUAUGAUUGAACAAAAUAUGUAGAUGAAUAUUAAAACAUAUAUAUAUUCAAAAUCACUGUCUUCUCUCUCUAAAGCUCUUCAGCUUUAACAAUGGCAAUGAAGAAACUAGAGGGCAAAGUAGCCAUAAUCACUGGCGGCGCCAGCGGCAUCGGCGAGGAAACCGCGCGUGUUUUUGCCCAUCACGGCGCACGUGCUGUUGUGAUCGCCGACAUCCAAGACGAGCAAGGCCACCGUGUUGCCGAGUCCAUCGGCCCAAAAUGCAGCUACGUCCACUGCGACGUGUCCGACGAAGACCAAGUCAAAGACAUGGUGGAAUCAACGGUCCAGAUUCACGGCCAGCUCGACAUUAUGUUCAGCAACGCGGGCGUAUUCAGUGCCUCCGAACAGACCCUUCUUGAUCUUGAUUUCUCUGAAUUUGACCGUAUCUUCGCCAUCAACGUGCGCGGCAUGGCCACUUGCGUGAAGCAGGCGGCGCGUGUGAUGGUGGAGCGGCGCGUGAGAGGCAGCAUCGUGUGCACGGCCAGCGUGGCGGGUAGUAAAGGUGCGAAGAGAGGGACCGAUUACUUCAUGUCUAAGCACGCAGUGAUUGGGUUGGUCCGGUCAGCGAGCCGGCAGCUCGGGGAGAACGGAAUUAGGGUGAACAGUGUGUCGCCGUACUGGGUGGCGACGCCUAUGGUGUGCAAGCCGUCCGAGAAGGAGGUGGAAGAUGUGGAGAAGGUUUUUGAGUCAUUUACGAGCUUGAAAGGGAUUGUACUGAAAGUGAAACAUGUUGCUGAUGCUGUGUUGUUCCUUGCCUCCGAUGACUCCGCAUUCAUCUCCGGCCAUGACCUUCUCGUCGAUGGCGGGGUGUGCACAGCGGCUUCUUGGUCUUGAUCGUCAGCUUUCUUGUUCAAGUGGGAGUUUGAGAAUAAUUAAAAUAAGGGAAAAUUACAUUGACUUCCCACGAAGUUUCAUCAAUAUACAUGGAUCUCCCUUCUUGUUUGUUAAAUUACACCAACCUCCCCUAUUAUAGCUGUCAAGUGGAUGGUGUUUAUUUUUUUAAGUGAAAUUACAUACAUGUCGUCAUUAUAUUUAUUGUAAUUUAUUUACGAAAGGAUGAACAUUGAAAAGACAAAUUAUCCAUAUGUCAAAGAGAAACAAUUUAGAAUGAUAUAUAUAUAUAUAUAUAUA